AUGAACAUUCAGUCUUCCAUCAACAAAGAGGUCUUUAUCCCUCGUGAUGAGCGGAUGCUAGUGGCAGUUGAGGUGAAGAGGAGGCAAAGAAAGCGGAUGUCAUUCCUGCCCACUGGAGCCAAAGGAAACUACACUACAUUCAUCUGUGUUUCAGUGACCAACACAAGGCCACAUCAGCUCCUCAUUACAAAGGUGAAGCAGUUUGCUGGCUCCUCCACCUUCACCAGGAGGUCCCAGUGGAGAGUGGAGCAGCUUCGACAGGUCAACGGCAUUAACCCCAACAAGGACAGCCCAGAGUUCGACCUGGUGUUUGACAGUACUGUUGACCAGUGGGUGGCUAGCUCAUCAGCAGAGAAGUGCAUAUUUGUCCAGAUCUUGUACCAUGCCUGCCAGACCUACUGGGAGGGGAAGGCUGGGACUCUGGGAAAGCCUGGGAAACUGGGCAAGGCGGGCAGCCAGGGGAAAGUGAGCCAGGGUGCUCAUCAUGAGGUCAGAGCUGGGCCCAGUGGUUCUUCACCCACCUCUGCAUCCAAAACCCUGCAAGCCCGACGGAAGAGCUACGUUCCCCCCAAACAGACAGAGUUUAUUAACUGCCAGUCCAAACUCACAGGGGAUGCCUGCACCAUGAAUUUGGUCAUCUACCGCUGCAAAGCCUUCUUGAAUCGUAUGAAAAAUAUGGUGAUUGCAAACCAAACUCAUUCACACGGUCACGGUAAGGCAACUCUUCCAAAUUCUGGGCAGCGUGUCAAAGGGAGCAUGGGUAAUGUAGUUCACAGGGUGAAUGUUGCUCUUGGAGAGCGUGGUGAUAGACUGACUCGUGCUGAGGACAAGACUGUGGAACUGAUGCACAAAGCCCAGCAGUUUGCAGACACUGCUCAUAAGCUUGCCCUGAAGUAUUCUAAGUAG